AUGGCAUCCAACACAUUUUCUUCUUCUAACACCAGUCUAAGAUGGACAACCAAGAAGAACAAACUAUUUGAAAAUGCCUUGGCAAUUUAUGACAAGGAAACCCCUGACCGUUGGUACAACAUAGCCAUGUUUGUUGGAGGCACAACUGAAUUUGAAGUCAAGAGGCAAUAUGAGAUACUUCUAGAGGACAUCAAGAACAUUGAGUCAGGCAAAGUUCCCCUCCCUGAUUACACGAGUAAUACUGGAUGUAGCAAAGUCAGUAUCAACAGUGCAGAAUGAAGAUUAUGAGAAGACUGAGGGAUUUAAGACUCUAAUGAAGAAUGACCUUAAAAAUGAAGAGGAACAGCAUCUUCGGAGAAGGCGCUUUAACAAUUAGGAUGAUCGAUGAUUAGUAACUUGGUUUUUCCAUAUAAUUCUUUCUUUUAGGUGUCUGUAAUAAAUUUCUUCCAUGCUUACCAUUUACCAUGACA